CCUGGCCUGACCUUCAGCAGUGUAGUUGUUAGCAUAGGUGUGCGAUGGGUCUCUUCCACCUCUUCAACUGUCUUCUCCUGUCAUCUGGACCGUAUUUGCUAGUAUACAGAGCCACCGGCAUAUAACGAUUCUUUUUGGAAGUGUGCCAAAAUCAUGAUUUUCUACGGUUUAACACAGAUACUGAAGCUUUUUAUUGCUACUCUAGUCCCCUACCACUCGGAUCCGUCUCUUGUAACUAGCAUACUCAUAUUUGUACGUCUCUUCGUUUUAUUUACAAAGUUAGGAUCUACCCGGCGCUUUGAUUGAUUUAGUGGUGGUUUUCUUCAUUGUGCAACACUCUUCAAGAAGUGAAUUCAACGUCUUAACGGCCGGCAUGGGGUGGUCCGUAGCCAUGCUGUUAUCAUCCAAGUAUGUUCCAAUCUGGGUUGGCACGAGAGGCUUGGAGUUUGAAUGGCGUUAUUUGUGUCUGAGUUUCCAAGCAAACCUGGAGCUAGUUCUUACCUUUGUUCUUUUUAACACACUUUGGUUGUUGCUGAGGAAGAAUUCUUCCCCGGCCUAUAUCAUACUUGGGUCUAUCUUGAUUGCGCUGUCCUCCAUGUCGCAGACCUUGUUUAGGUUGAUUGAAGACAACUCCGUCUCUGUUGUGCGAGAAGUAUUCACUAAGACAGCAGUUUCACUCGGUUCUGCCCUUGGAACUAUCGUCUUGCGCACGAUGAUACUAGCCCAAGCAACUGAAGGAAAAAGAAAACAAACGACUUCACCAUGGAAUGAUGCGUACAAACUCGUAGGGUCUACGUGGAAACGGUACACCACUGAAAUGAAUGGUCACAGUAGAACGCGGGAUUCAAAGUUGAACGGAUACAUUGGAACUGCGAAACGAUAGCAUAGCAUUGCGCUGCGACCACAUCUGUACAUUCACCGAUUAAGACUUUGAUUCCUUUUUGUCCUUCCACUGAUUGACCUAUAAUCAAAUGCAUGUUUUGUUAAAUA